UCUAUGGAGGUGGGAGCAUAGGCUUGAUGGGUUUGGUUUCACAAGCUGUUCAUGAUGGUGGUCGUCAUGUUAUUGGAAUAAUUCCAAAGACCCUCAUGCCUAGAGAGUUGACUGGUGAAACAGUAGGAGAAGUAAGAGCAGUUGCAGAUAUGCACCAAAGGAAAGCUGAAAUGGCCAAGCACUCUGAUGCUUUUAUUGCCUUACCAGGAGGCUAUGGAACACUUGAAGAAUUGCUUGAGGUCAUAACUUGGGCUCAGCUUGGAAUUCAUGACAAGCCUGUGGGUUUACUCAAUGUUGAUGGAUACUACAACUCUCUGCUUUCAUUCAUCGAUAAAGCCGUUGAAGAAGGAUUCAUCAGCCCGACUGCUCGUGAGAUCAUAGUCUCUGAACCUACUGCUAAAGAGCUUGUGAAGAAGCUUGAGGAAUAUGCACCUUGCCAUGAAAGUGUUGCGUCUAAGCUCUGCUGGGAGAUGGAAAGGACUGGAUAAUGAUUAUUAUCAAGAUCUAAUAUAUCUAGAUAACUUUUUCAAAAAAAAAAAAAAAUCUAGAUAACUUUAAAUAUAUCUAGAUAACUAUUUAAAGAUUUUUUUUUCUAAGAUUUUAUAUAUAGAUAUGAAAAAUGUCAGAUUUUCACGAUUUUAUUAAUCUUACUAAAAAUGGAAGGAAUAGAUUCCGAUUAGUUGGGGUAAAGUAAAAACAAUUUCCAGUUCGAUGGAAGUUCUUUGUUGUAAAUUAUUAGAACUGUCAUUUUAACUCCAAACUAAAUGUCUUUAAUUCUCUGUAAGAUCAUCAACUCUGUUCUGUAACCAACAAAAGUUUCACAUUUUCUUGUUCGUAUUUAUUUUAUAUAGUCAUUUAUCAAUACUACAACACAAAUAAACACAGGAAAAAAACAAGAAACCAAAAAUAUAGUUUUAUUUCAAGUGUUCAAAUAAAUUUCAAGUGUUUUUUCCUAGCUUAAUACUACUAAUUUAAAUAUAAUCUGUUUCAAAAGUAAUAACAUAAACUGUCGAAAAUAGUACUAAUAAAUUAUAAUAAUAUGUCUAACAUAUUUGAAAUAAAUAAUAUAAAAACAUAAAUACUUUAGAAUAGCACCAAAAAUCUAGUAAGCCACAUUAAUAUUCUGUUUUUGGAUAUAAAAAGUUUCUUCAGUUGCUUUAUACUAACUUUCAAAGUCCGUUACUCUAAGUCAAUAGAUAUCAAAAGUUAGGAACAUUGAAUACUAUGUUUUGGGUCGAUUCUAUCAAAACACAUCACAUUAACUAAUCAACUCGUUAACCAAAAAAAAUCAACACUAAUUCCAUUUUUCAGACAGCCAAAGUAGCACUUUCGUGUCUUACAAGGUGGGUCUGUUUGAACUUUUGCGGUAAACGUUCGAAAGUCUUACAUGUGUUAGAGAUUCAGUUAGUUGAAUAAGUCUUUGUCUUUAGUGUUAGGAUUUUAACCUUAACCUUGUGCUAUAGAAUUAGGAAUAAACUUGAUACCAAACUUGUCUUAGCUUUUAUUCACUACAAAGGUUUCUCAAGAACAAAAUAUAAAGAUCACAAGCCUAAGCAAUAAACGCUCUUCCUAAUUGCUAAUCUCUCUUGAUCUCUCUUUAUCUAACUUAUUGCUCUCUUCUCUCUUCUUAAACGGAUGAUCUUUGUUGUUGUUGAAGCUUUCCUUAUAUAGUCACGACCUAGACCGAAUCCUCUUUGUAAAAGGAUUAUUUCCAUUCUCUUAAAUUGGUAAAGCACGAGACCGUCAUUAACGUAAUCAGAAACUUGCCGCCAAAGUAAUCUUUUGGUAUUGGGCUUAAAGUAGAAUUUGGCCCAUAUCAUUACAAUCUCCACCUUGGGCCCAAAUCCAUACUUCUCCUUUUGCGUCUUCUUCGUUGAGCAACAAUACCAACUCUUCUCUGUAGCUUUGACGAUCAUAGUGAUUCUUACCCAACCACUACCUCCACUUUUCUCCGCUCUGGUUCCUUUGGCAAACAAAGCUAGCGAUUUCAGGAGCUUCACCAAGCUUUCCCUCCGUUUCCGCGUGACUGGUCCGUCUUCUCUUCUCCACUCCAGCCGGUGAAUUCAUCCCCCUUGUGAAUCUUGCCGAUAAAUUCUCUCGCCAAUGCUCUGAUUUGUUCACCGCUUCCUCUUCUCAGGCGCUAGCUUGCAACGCCUCAACCGUAGAUGUGCAUGCUCACCCUCGUAUGGCUUCCUGGUCAUGUCCUUUUUGUUUUCUUUAGAAUCAGACUCUUCAGUUUGCACAGACGUCUCUCCACCAUGUAGCUUCCUUUGGUUUGAUGUAGACGGUUCCUUGCUACGACCAUGUAUUUUUCAGACCUUGUAUAGACUGUGUCGUCUAUAACCACCAUUCCUCAGAGCUUCUUGGAAAAGACUUUCAGUCUCCUCAGCGGUUUAAGACGAUCACUUCGCUUGUGCUUGUUCUGCGAUCUUGUAGUCCUGUAACCUGAGAUACUCGUCUCCCUUCACCAUUACUGGUGUUCAAGACGUUCUCUCAUCAACCUUCCCCUUCCUUGUAUGGCAACCCAGUUGGGAUUCCUUUCUAGCCUGAGAUACUCGUCUCCAUUCACCACUCUUGAUGUUUAAGACGUUCUCUCAUCUGCUCCACCUUGAGCUAAAACAUCCACCUCGUCUUAUCCGUCACAAGUAAAUUUUCUUGCUCCUUACUAGCUCUUUAUUAUCGAUAAGAAAUAACAGUAGUCCCUUACUCAUUAUUUCUUCUUGUGCGAGGUGUCUCGAUAAUAAAAUUACCUGUGACGCUUUUCUCCUAUCAGUGGACAUUAGGAAGUUCACAGCAAAGCUGCAACUUCUGAUCAG